GCGCGGGCGGAGGAGCCGGGCGUCGGCAGCGAGGAUAGAGCUGGAUUCCUUCUGCGUCGCCCAUGGGGACAGGACGACUUUAAAGGAGUUUGAGGGGGUUCUGGCGCUGGGCGACCACGGAUCCGGCGAUUCCUGCCCUCGCCUCGCCCUGUCAUUGAUGGGAAAUCAACUGGAUCGCAUCACCCACCUGAAUUACAGCGAGCUGCCGACCGGGGACCCCUCGGGGAUCGAGAAGGACGAGCUACGCGUCGGGGUGGCUUACUUCUUUUCGGAUGAGGAGGAGGACCUGGACGAGCGAGGCCAGCCAGACAAGUACGGCGUGAAGGGCUCCGGCAGCCCUGGCCAGGAGACGCCCACCCACCACCUCCACCACCAGCUGGUGCUGAACGAGACCCAGUUCUCCGCUUUCCGCGGCCAGGAAUGCAUCUUCUCCAAGGUCAGCAGCGGCCCCCAGGCUGGGGACCUCAGCGUCUACUCGGUGUCAGCCCUGCCUGCCCUCUGCAAGCCGGGGGACCUGCUGGAGCUGCUCUACCUGGGGCCGUCGGAGCACCCGCCGCCGCACUGGGCGGUGUACGUGGGCGGCGGGCAGAUCAUCCACCUGCACCAGGGGCAGAUCCGCCAGGACAGCUUGUACGAGGCGGCCGCGGGCAACGUGGGCCGGGUGGUGAAUAGCUGGUACCGCUUCCGCCCGCUGGUGGCGGAGCUGGUGGUGCAGAACGCCUGCGGGCACCUGGGCUUAAAAAGCGACGAGAUCUGCUGGACUAACUCUGAGAGCUUCGCCGCCUGGUGCCGCUUCGGGAAACGGGAGUUCAAAGCCGGGGGGGAGCUGCAGGCGGCUGCCGGCACCCAGCACCAGCAGCAGUACUAUCUCAAGAUCCACUUGGCAGAGAACAAGGUGCACACGGUGAGGUUCCACAGCCUGGAGGAUCUAAUAAGGGAGAAGCGCAGGAUCGACGCCAGUGGCAAACUGAGGGUGAUCAAAGACCUGGCUAUAGUGGAUGGGAAAGAAUAGGGAGGAGCAGGAGUACAUGGCUAUCUUUCUGCCCUGCCUGGGGAAACCAGCCUGCCACAGAGACAGGAGGCUACACCUUCCUUCCGUGGGACACGACUGGAAGCAGGAUCCAUGGCAACAUUCCAAAAAGACCAGCAUUCUUUACACCCAUAGCCAGUAUUUUGUUAGGCUUUUAAUAGCAUUAGCAUUAAUGCUGAAAGAGCGAGAGGGAGGAAGAAAAGGGGGGAGGUGCAGGAAGGCUGUUCUCAGAGUAUGUGGACAAAGUCUCUCCUGUCGAUUGAUGUUGACCAUUCUAGCAACAUGCCAAUAAAAUUUCAAAUUGAAAUUUCUUUAAUUUUUAUUUCAUGGCUUUAAUCCAUGAUAAGUUUUAAACAUCUGGGACCGUGGAUGUGGAUCUAGCUUAAUGAUAUUCUAGCUAAUACUUGCCUUGCAGUCAACCAAAAGUAUCAGUCAUACUUUGCUAACUGGGAGAGGAAGGAGGUGUUGGGGUGGGGGAUAAAUGCCUGUUUGUUUUGUUUUGCAACAUGUUGCUUCAGCCUGUAGCUGCAACCCAAAUGUUGUCCCAGCCGACUCUGGCAAGUAAUUUAUGGGGAAAAUACUUUCAUAUUUCUGGUUGAAAUCUAUCACAUUUAAAAUAUUUGCCUUUGCUUUCUGUUUGCAGCUCCCUGCUAAAUGUCAUCAUAAUGCAUAAGCUCUUUUCACCUCUUCCCUUCUCCCAUCCUUUCUGCUGUUUUUCUUCUGAAAAAAAAAGUUGGUGAGCAGCAGUUUUCCUCAAACUAAAUUCAUUGGUCAAAAGAAGUGGUGUAUUUUGGAAAACAGUAUACUCUGUGUUGCUCCUCAGAGAUCCAGCCUCUAGGAUCUCAUGCUUGAGCUGUGGAUUUGUAUUGCUGUAGUGAUUCUUACUGCACCACUGCUUCAGUACCUCUUCAUGCACAGGUCAACAGGAUCCUGCAAGAAACAAAUAAUUUUGAAUUCUGCAUGUUGCCUCUUUGAAACAGCAAUUUAUUACAUAUUUACAAUUCCACUUAAAGAAAGUAGAUGUAAUGUGGCCAAGUUCAUCUUGCAUUUCAAAUUCUCAGCAACUAAAAAUUCUGUUCAGUGUAAGUUUAGAAAUCCACAGCAGCAUUUAAAAGAUGCCUUUUAAUGUGAUGUGAGCAAUGCCUUGUCUGUAUUUCAGAUCCUGUUCACUCAUUGCUUAAUUCUAAGUUUUGAAGUGAAAGAUCAGAGAAUUAAAUAUAUAUAUCUUUAAAAAAUUCAAACAAGUAUACUGGGGCAUUUCUUUUUAUUAUUAUUCUGAGCUGCAUACAACUUGUAAUGAGCAUUUUGUCUUUGCAUGUUUCAAUGCUGGAAAGAAAAUGCAUUUGUUUUUGUCUUCUCUUCCCACAUCAAUGUCAGACAACAGAAGAGAAGUAAUACCCCUCUUUUGUAUCUAUGAUACACUCCACCCCCUAUCAAUGUACUGUGUCCUUUUUUUUUUUUUUUUUUAAUUAAACAAUGUCAUAAGCAGCCUUGUUGCAACACUAACUUCAUUUCUACAAACAUUUGCCUCCCAUAGCUGAAGCUGUGAGGGUGGAGUGUACUUCAUUGUAAUAAAAGUGUCAGAUAUUAAUAAAUAUCUUUAUU